AUGACAAAGAAGUAUGUAACUUUCAGUUUUCCAUAUAAUGAUCUAAGCAAAUGUAGUUUGGAAAAUGUAAAUGAGUAUGAAGAAUUCCAUAAUGAAAAAUUGACUAAGAAAAAUCGUACAAAUUUUGAACGAAUAAAAUGGAAUGAAUAUAAAACUUUCAAAAGAUUGAAGAAAUAUUAUCGAUGUAAUCGUGUAAAAAAACGUGAUGGAAAAUGUGAAGCAGCUCUUUGUUUAUUUGAAAAUACAAAAACAAAUGAUUACGUGCUUCUCAAAAAAAAUUCUGGACAUACUUGUAGCGAAAAGGAUGUAAAAAAAACUUUUAGAAUUAAUAAUGAAGAUUGUGACUUUGAUAUCAAUACUGAUUUAAAAAAUGAAAUAAAAAUUUUAUAUCAGCCAGAAAUGAAAAUUAAAAAUAUUGUAAAUGAAUUAGAAAAAAAAUUUAAGGACGUAAACGCCAGGAAAGUAACAGACUACUGUAAAUACUUAAAAAGUGAAAAUGAAAAACAACUCAAUUUGGCCAUACAUGAAUGGAUAAUUGGUCAAACAGUUGAUUUCAACUCAGCCGCAUUCAAUGUUCCUCUAAUAGUACAUCAUGAAAAAAAGGGAGAAUGUAUCAGAUUAUUUGUUUCAACAAAAAAAUUGUUAAAAAAUGCAAUUUGUACAAAACAUUUAAAUUUGAAUGGUAUCAAAAGACUUACAUGGCAGAAUUAUUGUAUUUUUAUUGUUGGUACUACAAAUGAUCAGGGAAAUUUUUUAGCGUUUGGUAUAGCAGUAUGUCCAAGAAAUGAAAUCGAAGAUUUUGAAUUCUUAUUUGAAUCAAUAAUUGUAGGUGUGAAAAAGUGCUUUAUUUUAAAUUAUUGCCCAAAACUUUUGUACAGGGACUCAAAUCUUAAUGCUGAAGUUGCAUUCUCUCAAAUAUUUGGGUACGAUAAAUAUACAAAAAUAUGUUGGCAUCACGUUAAAUCUAAAAUAUCAAAGAAAUUAGAAUAUCUUCUCCCAAAUCACCAUAACAAAAAGGAAAAUAUUUUGGCGGAUUUAGAUAUUUUGCAAAAAAGUGAAAAUUUAAAUGCUUUCAAGGAUGCUUUUAAUUUAUUCGAAAAUAAGUGGGCAAUUUAUGUAGAAUUUAUUACUUACUUACAUCAAGAAUGGAUAAGCGAAAAUUACAAUUGGUUUGAAGGAAUCUAUUCAGCUAUAAUAAGCAGUAAUAUGGCCUUAGAUUGUAUAGCAAAAGGAAUUGAGAAUGAUGAAGAAUUUCGGUCAAGAAUUCCAUUUUCACAAUUCAAAGUAAAACUUUACCAAUGGUUAAAGAAUUUAGAUAAUUUAGAAUAUAAUGAUUUAGUAUUAAAUUACAAUAUUCACAAGAAAAGUAAUUCAGAAAGCAAAAAUAUUUUUAACCACGAUUUUAAGGAAAAACAUUUUUGUGAAAAUAUACAGGAAACGAAUUCAAAAACAAAUAGUAAAAUGAGAAGGUGUAAUUUUCAAAGAACUAUUUCUCAAACAGAACAAAAAGAAAAUGAAAGCAAGCUAAAUCGGGUAUGGAUAGAAGAUUGUACGUUUAGUUCGUACUCUGAAGCGCAAAAGGCUAUUGCUUCUGAGCAAACUUGGGGCUUUUCGUUUAAAAACAAAAGUAAAGCUGGCGUUAAAAGAUAUUAUCGAUGCAAUAAGGUACCAAGAAGAGGUAAGGGUUGUAAUGCUUCAAUUUAUUUACUUUUGAAGUCAAAUUGUACUGAUGUUGUCUUGGGACGAUCCAACUUACCACAUACAUGUCAUAAACUAGUAUUUAAACCUCGGAAAUUGGAUGACUCUGUACGAAGUGAAAUAGAGCGUUUAACUGAAUUGAAUUGGAGACCACGUCAAAUAUUAGAAUUUUUUCAUAAAAUAAAUUUUACUCCUAUGCCAACCCGUGUUCAAAUCUCUAAUUAUGUAAAUGUUAUUAGAGAAAAAAAGUAUGGAAUAAUUAAUUUAAAUAGUGAGGAACUUGAAGUUUGGUUUAAAAAUAAAUCUGAGCUCCCAGUUAAUUUAUUAGAAAUGUUUAUUGUGUCUUAUAAUUUUAGGAAAGAAAAUUUUAAUUUUUUUGUUUCAUCAAAAAAACUACUUCAAAAUGCUAAUAAUUUGAAAAUAAUAAAUUGUGAUGGAAUUCAUAAAUUAGAAUGGAUUCAAUUCCCAAUAUAUAUUAUAGCAACAAGCGAUUCAAAUGAAAAAUUUAAUUGCGUACAAAAACUGAAAUCAUGUUCACAAGAACUGAAUCCAAGGGAUCAGCAUAGUGUCAAAUUCUUGAGGUUUGAAGAAAUUGUUUUAAGCGAUGAAAUUCGUCCAUAUUAUGAUUUAUUAAAUUUGUUAUUAAUUGGAAACGAAUCAUAUUGCAAGAGUGGCUGA